UACAGUAACAAAAACGACAACAGAACCGAAAGCGUCUGUUCAUAUAUAUUCACACACCCAGAAUCAAUGCAAAGACUGUUCUUUCCUUUCCAUCUCUCUUUGUUUCUGGCGAUUCCCUUUGCUCGCCGGAGGAUUGAGUCACUCACAGAAGAGGGCGUUCCUCCUGAUGAUUGCGGUUGAUGGAGCAAACCUACUUUAAUCGGAGGUAUGGAUCGCUUUCUUUUUCUCAUGCACUGUAGGGAAGCUAUUGUCCCCCCUGGUCUUCCCCAAUUGUCCGGUCUGGGUUUUGUUGAAGCAUGAAUCCCUCUCCUGCUUUGUUUCAGAUCUGAUAAUGUUGGACUAGAGAAGGAAGAAUUUGGGUUUGUGGGAGCUUUAUGCUUCAUUUUGAUAGCGAAUUUAGUGUGACUGUGGUUUUUCGAACAUAGGGCUUAAUUUUCUGCAUUUAUGGAGGGAAGCGUGAGAUCAGGGGGUGUAGUGAAGAAGAGAAGCUCUUCUGGUUGUUUGAUUAUCAAGAAAAAAGAUGGCAGAGUUGGAGGUAUGGGAAUGGGAGGGAUACGUCCUUCAGGUUCUUCUCAUACGGAUAACAAGAGAGCAAGAAUGAUAAUGCAUGAUUCAGAUUCUAGUGAUGAUAUUCCAGAACCUGUUAGGAGGAGAGCUUGGGAUAACUCUUGUAAUGGUUCACUUAUGAACAGGAGUGGAGGCAUUGAGAUUGAGAGACAAGCGAAUAUAUUAGGUCAAUUUCAGUUUAACGAGCACGCGAGGAAUGAGAAUCAAGAUGCGAGAUUGAAGAUGGUGAGAGGAAAUAUGAGGGAAUUCGAAAAAGGGCCUCUUAGAAAUGUGGUGAUCCAGAAACAGAAGCACUCAUAUUUUGAUAGUUCGGGCUCAAAGAAUGUGCUGGGUGAUAGACCAAGAGGUAUUUGUUGUGGUGAAGGUGAUGAAGAACAUUUGCCCAUCCAUUUGAUGAAGCUGAAAUAUUCUGAUGAGCCAAUUAGGGUGCAGGGAAAAAACGGGGUCUUGAAGGUAAUGGUGAGUAAGAAAAAAAAGAUGGGUUUAUUGCAUAAUAAUGAAUUCCAGAAUGCUGAAAAGAAAAAAGCUUCUAUGUCUGAACAUGCCAAUGAGCUAAGACUGCAACAAACACUGUAUGCUGCUUCUAAGUCGAUUGAGAGGGAUAAAAGUGAACUGUCAAAGUCCAUUGAGAGGGAGAAAAGUGAGCUAAAAUCUCAAAAAUCACUUGGAGAAGAAACAACUUCAUCUGCAGAUUCUGAAACAGACGGAACUCAUAAGUUGGUCCCACCAAGCUUUUCUGAGGCUGGUGGUAGCUCAAGUAAAAGGGUAAAAGAGGAAGAAACCAGAUCCUCAGCACCUGAAACUGAAUCUGCAGGAAACAAGGAAGCAAAAGUGAAACGUGGGGGUAGCACUGAAAAACAGCAAUUGCGUGAGAGAAUCAGAGGAAUGCUGAUUGAGGCUGGAUGGAAUAUUGAUUAUAGACCAAGAAAGAACAGAGAUUACCUAGACGCUGUUUAUAUUAGCCCUAACGGGACAGCCUAUUGGUCAAUAAUCAAGGCCUAUGAUGCGUUUCAGAAAUACAUGGAGGUAGAUAACGGUAAGAAUAUUUCUGUUGGGAGUUCUUUGCCAGUUGCCCCAUUGUCAGCAGAUUUAAUAAAUAAGCUAACUAGGCAAACUAGAAAAAAGAUUGAGAAAGAAAUGAAAAGGAAGAAAAAAGAUGAAAGCAUGAGCGGUAGAGAUAUCAAGAGGACUGUAGUGAAAGUUUCUGCAGAAGGCAAGCCACGUAAGGGAAAACCUCACGCCACCAAUCAAACAAAUGAGGAUUUCGGAAUCUUGAAAAGUGGAAGAAAUUUAAUCCUAGGAAAGAAAAGCGACAUAAUUGGUAGGUGUACACUGUUGGUUCGCAGUUCAGAGAAAGGACAAACCUCUGAAAAUGACAACUAUGUCCCGUAUUCCGGGAAAAGAACAUUGUUGUCAUGGAUGAUUGAUUCUGGGACUGUGAAGCUCAGUGAAAAGGUUCAAUAUAUGAACCGUCGAAAAUCAAGAGUAAUGCUAGAAGGUUGGAUCACAAGAGAUGGCAUCCACUGUGGCUGUUGUAGUAAAAUUCUCACAGUUUCCAAGUUUGAGCUCCAUGCGGGGAGCAAACUGCGUCAACCAUUUCAAAACAUUGCUUUGGACUCUGGAGUUUCUCUAUUGAAGUGCCUUGAAGAUUCAUGGAAUGGGCAAAGGAAGUCUGAAUUCCGAGAUUAUCAUGCUAUAGGAAUCAAUGACGAUGAUCCAGAUGAUGAUACUUGCGGUAUGUGUGGUGAUGGUGGGGACCUCAUUUGUUGUGAUGGCUGUCCGUCAACUUUUCAUCAGAGCUGUCUUGGUAUAAAGAUGCUUCCUUCUGGUGAUUGGCAUUGCCCAAAUUGCAUAUGCAAAUUUUGUGGGGUUGCUGAUGAAAACCCUGCAGAAGUAAAUAAGGAUGCUGACACGCUUUUCUGUUGCAACCUCUGUGAGAAAAAAUAUCACAGAUCUUGCAUGAAAGAACAAAAUGCUUUGCCUAUGAAUACUAAUAAUUGGUCUACUUUUUGUGGCCAUACAUGCCUAGAGAUUUAUGAUCAUUUACAGAAGAUUCUAGGUGUUAAACAUGAACUAGAGUCAGGAUUCUCAUGGUCUCUUGUGCAACGAUCGGAACUUGACUCUGAUACCUCACAUCUUUCCUUCUCUCAAAGAGUUGAAUGCAACUCUAAGUUGGCAAUUGCUUUGUCUGUCAUGGAGGAGUGUUUUAUGCCCAUUAUUGAUCGAAGAAGUGAGAUUAAUAUUAUUCAAAAUGUCAUUUAUAAUUGUGGGUCAAAUUUUAAUCGUCUUCAUUUUCGCAGCUUCUACACAGCAAUCUUGGAAAGGGGUGAUGAAAUCAUCUCUGCAGCGUGUGUAAGAAUCCGUGGGGCGCAAAUUGCAGAGAUGCCAUUUAUUGGGACCCGCCACAUGUAUAGGCGCCAAGGGAUGUGCCGACGGCUUUUCUCUAGUAUUGAGGCGGCCCUUUUUAGUUUAAGGGUAGAGCAAUUGAUAAUUCCUGCUGUAUCUGACCAUAUUCAUACCUGGACUGAGGUGUUUGGUUUCCAAAAACUUGAGGAACGACACAAGCUUGAAGUGAAAUCCAUGAAUAUGUUGGUGUUUCCAGGGAUUGAUAUGUUACAGAAGUGGCUAGUGAAACCAGAAUCAUCAGCAGGAAGGGAUGAAAUCCGAAGGAAUUUUAACUCUUAGAGCCAAAUUGCAAGAAGUGGAUAGUUGAAGGAUAAAAAUCUUCAAAUCAGCACCUUAGCCAUCUUGAUGUGUCGUAUACUCUGACCAGCGAAAUUUCAGCUUUGGUCGAAAUUAAUUGUGGUAGCCGGUGGAGAUUAACUUCCCAAACUUGAAGACCUGAGAAUCUGCCCAAUUCAUCCUAUAAACACAGCAGCGCAGCAGCAGUAAAGAGGGGGAAGAGAACGGAUGUGAAAGAGGAGAGAAAGAAAGAGGAGUAGAGGAGAGAAAGAAAGAGGAGUUCAGCCGCUUCUUCAUCAAUCAUCUUCGUGUUUUUAUUCUCUAUUAAUUAGUUAGUUUAAUUCCUGAAUUUCUAGUUCUUGUAUUUCAAUUUCAGUACUUUUACUUUCAUGUUUAUGCUAUCCAGAAGUGAUUUUCCCCUACUUUGAGUAUGAUUUUUGUCUCGACCUUUACCCAAGGGAUUUGGGAUUAAAGCAUGAUAUUAAGGGUAUGU